CGGCUUAUAACUUACGUGUUAUGUUUAUCGUUUUAUUUAUAAAACCAUCUAUUCCGCCAACUUAAAAUGAAAAUUCUAUACAUUUUAUUUAUUUUGUGGCAUAUUGCUUACUGCGAUGAGCAUACACAUACAUAUAAGGAUGGAGAACAAGUGGUACUAUGGAUGAACACCGUAGGCCCAUACCACAAUCGCCAAGAAACGUACGCAUAUUUUUCCCUUCCUUUCUGUGCGGGCACAAAAGUAACCAUUGGUCAUUACCAUGAGACAUUAUCAGAAGCUCUUCAAGGCGUUGAAUUAGAACUAAGUGGCUUAGACAUUACCUUCAAAGAUAAUGUACCAGCGCAACAAUUUUGUGCUAUUGAACUCGACGAACAGUCCUUUAAAGCAUUGGUGUAUGCCGUUAAAAAUCACUACUGGUACCAAAUGUAUGUCGAUGACCUUCCAAUAUGGGGUAUUGUUGGAGAAAUAGAUGGUGAUAAUCACUACAUUUGGACCCACAAAAAAUUCGAUAUUGGAUAUAAUGGAAAUAGGAUUGUGGAAGUGAACCUCACAGCCGAAAAUAAAGAACGACUAGUGCUUAAUGCAAAAAUUCCUUUCACUUAUGAAGUUAAUUGGAAGAAGAGCAACAUUAGAUUUGAAGACAGGUUUGAUAAAUAUCUGGAUCCUAACUUUUUUCAACACAGGAUUCAUUGGUUUAGUAUCUUCAACAGUUUUAUGAUGGUUAUAUUUUUAGUAGGUCUCGUAUCAAUGAUUCUUAUGAGAACACUGCGUAAAGAUUAUGCAAGGUACUCAAAAGAUGAUGAUCUUGAUGACUUAGAAAAAGAUUUAGGUGAUGAGUAUGGUUGGAAGCAGGUGCACGGAGAUGUGUUUAGGCCUGUUCCACAUUUGGCCUUAUUUUCUGCCCUUGUGGGAGUUGGACAUCAGCUUACUGUAGUGACAUUAGCUGUUAUUAUUUUUACUAUUUUUGGGGAGCUCUAUACUGAAAGAGGUUCUUUGCUAUCAACGGCUAUUUUCAUAUAUGCUGCUACUUCCCCUAUCAAUGGCUACUUUGGUGGGUCUUUGUAUGCUAGAAUGGGUGGAAGAUUAUGGAUCAAACAGAUGCUGCUCUCUGCAUUUUUGUUACCUGUACUAGUAUGUGGUACAGCUUUCUUUAUAAAUUUCAUUGCUAUGUACUACCAUGCAUCGAGAGCCAUACCUUUUGGUAGUAUGAUUGCAGUAAUGUCAAUUUGCACUUUUGUGAUCUUACCUCUCACCUUAGUUGGAACAGUCCUUGGACGUAAUCUGGCAGGUCAGCCUGACUAUCCUUGCCGCAUCAAUGCUGUCCCUAGACCAAUUCCAGAAAAAAAAUGGUUUAUGGAACCUUUUAUAAUAAUCAUAAUGGGUGGUAUUUUACCCUUUGGUUCCAUAUUCAUUGAGAUGUACUUUAUCUUCACAUCAUUUUGGGCAUAUAAAAUUUAUUAUGUAUAUGGUUUCAUGUUAUUGGUCUUUUUAAUUCUCAUGAUUGUGACUGUAUGUGUAACAAUUGUUUGUACUUACUUCCUGUUGAAUGCAGAAGAUUAUCGCUGGCAAUGGACAAGUUUUCUUUCGGCUGGUAGUACUGCACUGUAUGUUUAUCUGUAUUCAUUUUACUAUUUCAUAUUUAAAACCAAAAUGUAUGGGCUAUUUCAAACAACUUUCUACUUUGGCUACAUGGCUUUGUUCAGUUUGACUUUGGGAAUAAUUUGUGGUACAGUUGGAUAUAUAGGAACAAGUAUAUUUGUUAGAAAAAUAUAUUCAACUGUUAAAAUUGACUGAAUAUCAGAAACUAUCAAAAUUAAUAUUUAUAUUCUCAUGUGGUUUUGUCAAAAUGUGCUGCUAGGCUAAGUGGUGAUAACCAACAAAAGGUUCAAUGAAACCAUUAAUAUAUAUUACAGCCAUACUGUUUGAAGGCAAACACAUUCCUUGGACAUUUUUAUUGUUUCCAAAUGUAGUUUUUGGGACAAUAAAAAAAUGUUUUUCAAUUAACAAUUCUCUCUUAAUUGUUGUGGUUAUGAGUUAUUUGAGAUUAAAAUAAAUGUAAGCCUUGUUUUUUUUUCAUUAUUUCCUAGAAUUACAACAAGAAUUACAAAUGCUAUAAAGAAAUAUUAAGGAAAGACACUGUUUCAUAAAGUUAUCUUAUUAAUUGUUUUAGUUUGUUAAUUUUCCAUAUUAUGCCUUAUACUACUCUAUCAUAUAAGUUUGUAAAUAUAAAAGUUAAUCAAAUUCCUAAUAUAGAAAUUUAGCCGUAUGUAUCGUGUUUAUGGUGUUCAUCUUUAUCAUUAUUACAUGCUUAUAAAAGUCUAAAAUCACUACCUAGAAUGCUAUUACUGUUCAUUGCUAAUUCAGUGUUGUUAAAGUUUUAGAAUAAUAAUCCUAGGUAUGUGAUCAUUUUGUAAUUAAUAACUAGAGUAAUUUUACUUAUGUAAAUAUUUACUAGAAAUAGAGUUUGAACUCAAAUCUUUAUAAUGCAUUAUUUUGUAUUUAAUUUGUGCGGUAAGAUGGAAGAAUCUAUAGUUGUGUAUGCCAUCCAACAUUAAUGUAUCUUAUUGAUUAUUAUCCCAAAUAAAGUUGACAUGUACAUGAAAUAAACCCAGUUUCAUUAAUAUAUUUAAAUUAUGAUAUCUAAUUACGGAUACAGUAUGCUAUGGUAUCAGGAAUUAUUACAAUGAGAAGAGCUUUUUUAAUUAUAAUAGUCAGUUAAUGGAAAUAUGUAAUUAAAAUUGCAUGAAACUUAUUUAUUUAGAGUACUUGACUUUGUAACAAUAAUCUACUUGAAGCAAUAACACUGAAUUUAAAAUUUAGGACAUCAUAGAUCUAAAUAAAAAAUAAUUGUAUGUUGAAUAGUAUGCCAUAACUAAUUAUAUAUAGGCAUUAAUCUACUGGGCCUUUACUAAAUCAAUGUUAAAAUUAGAAUUAUAUAUCUUUUGGACAUUUUUUGGAUAAACACUUUUUUUUUUUAAUUUGUUAUUUAUGCUUAUUCAUCACUUAACUCUUUUAAUCAAUCUUGAAUGUUAGAUUUAAAAUGAAUUAAUAACUCAAACAUAACUACAUAUUAUAUACCAGCAACUAGCCACAAGAAAUUAUUAUAAAAAAAGUAUAUUAAGUGCUUAUAUAAAGUAAGCAUGAAUAUGGAUGAUUCUGAUUGUAUUAUUUAUAGUAUAAUUGUUAAGCAUAUGUAUUAUGAAUGUAUGUAUGUAUUUUUAAAAUGUAUUAAACAUUUAUUUAUUUUACCUGUUUCCCAAUUGUUCUUCUGGCUACAUUUUGGCUGCAAGAGAUCAUUAUCUCUUCUUUUGCAAAACAGCCACCCGUUGUACAACCAAAUAUCGGCAUUUGGUAUUGUGCUUUAUUUUAAUUUUGUUAAUUGAAGAAUUGAAUAAAUAAUUAUCACACGAUCAAGUUGAUCGUAACAAUA